AGAUACAGAUAUAAAUAAAUAAUUGGUAUAUAUAUAGUAUAACUAUAUCUUGUUUUUCCUCAUUUCAUUUUCCUACAUUUUCAUUUAUAUGAAAAUAAUUAUUCUGUUAAUUAAUUAUAUCCAGUAUCUGCUCUUAUAAACUAUACUAUACCCUGCUCCACUAUACUAUAUUGUCUUGCUUUGAAUUGUUCUAUAUUUUAUUACAUCUGCUUUACUUGCUGAAAAAUGAAUGGAAAUGUCAAGAACAUAAAUAUUGACCUAUUCAAUAAUCUACCUCCUCACUUGAUUGAUGCAAUAUUCGAAAAUUUGCCUCUCAACAUCAUUUGGCUCUUCUCGUUAUCCUCAAAUGACCCAAUAUACUCAAUAUCUCUCACACACCUAUUCAAAAAAAUUGUCAUCUUGCCUGAUUAUCCCUUUGAAUUCAAUUUCAAUUUAUCUCCUUCAAACUACAAUAAAAUCUUGAUUUUAAACUACUCAAAGUCUCUAUUGUUUAGCAAAAAUCUACUAAACUACACCCAGUUUUUGUCCAUACAAUCCGAAGGUGGUAAUGAUUUUAACAUCUUAAACCAUCUAAUUACCACUACUACAAGCAACAAUAUCAAAAGAUUUAAAAAAUUUAAACAAAUUAAAUCUUUUGCAAUCUCUUUAAUCUACUACCAUCAAGAUUACUUCUCUAUAAAUAACUUCAACUCUUUAAUUCUAAACUUCUUGUCCUCUUUUAACAACUCUUCUCUACUAAAACUUAAUAUCAACUCAACUCUAUUUAAUAACAACUCUAUUCAAUUCUUUGUUAACAACAUAAUACAUCUAAAUUUUGAAAACCUAUCCCUCUUGAACCUCAAUUUCAAUUUUCUAAAUUCCAUCCCUUUCUUCCCCCAUUCUCCAUUUACCCAGAAUUUAAAAUAUUUAAAUUUAUCAAAUAAUAGAAUAAACACAAUUCAAAACUUAAAUAACCUACCAAAUUUGAUCUACCUAGACCUAUCAAACAACAACAUCAAAAAGAUUCAAAAUUUAAACAACCUACACAAUCUAAAAAUUCUUAAAAUUAACCUAAUUCCCAACAAAAAUUGGCUACAAAUAGACGAUGGAAUCAUUCUCAUAGAAAACUUAAAUAACCUAACUAACCUACGAAUAUUGCAAUUAGUAGGUAACGAUAUCUUAGAAAUCCAAAACUUGGACAAUCUUAAAAAUCUAAUCGAACUAAACUUAUCAAAUAACCAAAUCUCAAAGAUUCAAAAUCUAUCAAACCUAUCCAAUUUAAACAUCUUAAACUUGAAAAAUAAUUGCAUAUCAAAACUAGAAAAUCUAUCAAAGUUAUCAAAUUUAAUAGAAUUAAAUUUAUCAAAUAAUAAAAUAUCUAAUCCAGAUAACUUGCCUUACUUGAAAAAUUUAAAUUUUUUAAACCUAGACAAUAAUACGUAAUAAAUUUUAAUGAUAAUAACUCUUAAUUAUAAUAAUUCCUGAUGUUAAUUUGUUUAUUUGCUUGUUUUUAUUUAGCUUGCUUUCUAUUUUUUUUCUUUUUUUUCUUCUUUUCUAAAUUAUACAGAAUCUAUAUAGAAUCUAUACACAUCCACUAUUAAUACUCUCGCAACUUUAUACAUUGUUUUUCUUGGCUAUAUAAUCACUUUUGUAAUAUUAUUGCAAUCCAGUUCCGCUUUGCUGGCAAUUACUCGGCAUGCCAAAAACAAGCAAUUGUAUGCAAGGGUUUUGAUGCAGCUUAGAG